AUGUCUUAUGCUACACUCGUCAACACUUGCUUUGCGGCUGAGCAAAGCAUCCCCAAGCCACACUAUACACCGCGCAAGGCACUGCGGAAGGCUUGCAAGCUGCUGCGCCGCUUUUUUCGCCCCUCCACGUCGGGCAAGGUAAUCAUCACCGCCGAGAAGCAAAUCGAGGAAGAGCUGUCGCCAAAAAUAACAGAGAUGUGUCGCAAAACCGACCUCAGCAUGCGCACCAAUUGCUCCGCACUCAGCGUCGAAGAGUAUGAGAAUCAGCUGAAUGAGUUAGCCGAGUUGGAAGCCGCCAUCAAGUCGUUCACUGCUGAGUAA